UUUAUAGCCAAGUUAGCGCUUAUUCCGAGCUGCUUCAAACAAAUCUAAGUGAGCCCAGGAAUCGAGCAGGUUUAUUUUUCUCAUCACUGCUCUCUUUCUACUGUUCGGGAUUAUUAUUAUUAUUAUUAUUAUCAUUUUAUUUUUUUUACUGCAGAGUUGUAGUUGUUUGUUGUUGUUCUGAACUUGUGGGAUUGUCGAAACGACUUGGGCGGAUUGACUGUAGGAGAAGUGCUCGGUGUUGCUAACAGUUAGCAGCAGGAGAGGGAAAAAAAAUAUCAACAAAACCAUGUCAGAUGAUGCGUCAAAGCAAAACAGGAACCUAAAUAUCCCAUGCGCUGAAGGAUGGAGCCACGAAGUGUGAAGAACGGCACAAAAAGAGAUGAGCAACUGCUAUCGCUGAGUUUCAGCGAGAGCCCAGUUGAGGGAGUUUUGCACAACGGCGCAUGCGGCACCAUGUCAUUUGCCCCAGCCACUGUAGUGCCUCCUGCCAGCCCUCUGUUGCAGCCUGUGACUGGAGAUCUCCCCGAUGCUGUGAGCAACACCCCUCCUCCGGAGGAUAUCACCAUCACUUUACCAUCUCCUCUGGAGCUUUUUGUGGAGGACCCAGACAUGAAAAUGGUUGGGAAGGACUUGAGGUCUCAACAGUCCUUUCAGCAACAGCCCUCCAUAGGGCUGUAUAGCUUGGGGGAUAAUUUCUCACGUCUGGAGGCCAGCAUCGCUGAUCUCAACAGCACCUUGCCGUCUGUGGACUCCUUAAUCGGAGGCGGGGAUCCGACUCUGUUCCCCGUGAAAAGUGAGGACUUCUCAUCAGUGGGGAAAGGCGAAGUGGAUCUAGACCAGGAUCCUUUCGGGAAAGAUGUGGACGCCAGUAACCCGAAGCUCUUCAUCGAUAACACCAUGGACCUCUUGCAAGAGUUCGACUUGCCCGAGUCACCUACAGAUUUCUACGUCGGAGAUGACGAGUUCCCCUCAUUGGUCGAUGACUCUCUGCUAGGAGUCAUCGUUUCAGACAAGGACUCAAAGCCUGUAGACAUGUUGAGCUCCAGCAGUACCACCGCCACCACCACCACCACCAUUAACAACAACAUCAUCAUCAAAGGUGCCACCAGCUCAUCUCUUUCCAAUGUGUCUACAAGCACCCCUACCCUGGUGGUCAAGCAGGAGAAGGAGCCCAUGAUCCAGUUGUGUACUCCGGGCGUAAUCAAGCAAGAGAACACCAGCGAGAGAAACUUCUGUCAGAUGACCUCCGAACUGUCAAGCCCAGUUAGGAAUGUUUCCAUUUCUAUCUGUGGUGUCAGCACGUCCAGCGGUCAGAGCUAUCACUUCGGAAGCCCUGCAUCCAGCGACAGCCAGCAGAAAAAUCAGAAACCUGUUUUUAACGUGUACACGCCACAGGUCGCAGGUGAAGAAUGGGGCCGGGGACUCGGAAAUUUGAACACGAUGCCGCAGAGGGCCAGCAACAGCUUCACCGCCACACAGAACUUCAGCACCAACUAUGCCAACUCAACUGCCAGGCCUGAGGCCAACACUGCCACAUCCUCAGGCACAGGGAAGCCCAGCGGCACACACAAAAUCUGCCUGGUGUGUUCAGACGAGGCGUCGGGUUGCCACUACGGGGUGCUCACCUGCGGCAGCUGCAAGGUCUUCUUCAAAAGAGCUGUGGAAGGGCAACACAAUUAUCUCUGCGCGGGGAGAAAUGACUGCAUCAUCGACAAAAUCCGCAGGAAGAACUGUCCCGCGUGCCGUUUCCGCAAGUGCCUCAUGGCUGGCAUGAACCUCGAAGCACGUAAAGCCAAGAAGCUGAAGCUGAAGGGUGUACAGCAGACAAGCCCAGCCACGCUGAUUCCUCCUCCAGCACCCGAGGCACGAUCACUGGUGCCCAAAGCCAUGCCGCCACUGGUGCCCACCAUGCUAUCGCUGCUGAAAGCCAUCGAGCCCGAGACCAUUUACGCCGGCUACGACAGCACAGUCACAGACACCUCCACGCGGCUCAUGACCACCCUGAACAGACUGGGAGGACGCCAGUUCAUCUCUGCCGUCAAGUGGGCCAAAGCUCUGCCCGGUUUCCGGAACCUUCACCUGGAUGAUCAGAUGACUCUGCUCCAGUCGUCCUGGCUCUUCCUCAUGUCGUUUAGUCUGGGCUGGAGAUCUUACCAGCAUUAUAACAGCAACAUGCUGUGUUUUGCCCCAGACUUGGUGAUCAACGAGGAGAGGAUGAAAAUGCCUUACAUGGGUGACCAGUGUGCACAGAUGUUGAAGAUUUCCAAUGAGUUUCUGAGACUGCAGGUGUCCAACGAGGAGUACUUGUGCAUGAAGGUGCUUCUGCUGCUCAGCACAGUGCCAAAGGACGGUCUGAAGAGCCAGUCUGUGUUCGACGAGAUCAGGAUGUCGUACAUUAAAGAACUGGGGAAAGCCAUCGUGAGGAGGGAAGAGAACUCCAGCCAGAACUGGCAACGAUUCUACCAGCUCACUAAGCUACUGGACUCCAUGCACGACAUGGUGGGUGGACUGAUGAACUUCUGCUUCUACACCUUUGUGAAUAAAUCGCUGAGCGUGGAGUUCCCCGAGAUGCUUGCGGAGGUCAUAAGCAACCAGCUACCAAAAAUCAAAGCCGGGAGUGUCAAGCCACUGCGCUUUCACCAGAAAUGAAAAACUUUUUCUUUCCCCCCCCAAGCAGCGGGCCUUAAAGAAACACCACAUCACCAAGCGGUCCUCAUGAACCACACAGAGGAAGGUGGAUAAAGGGCUUGUGAAGGGAGGACACAGACAGAUGGAUGCAACCGAUCCGGUGCUAGGGCUGCAACGAUUCACUAAAGACACCGAUCGAUUCGAUUCACGAUUCAGACCCUUCGAUUCAAUUCGAUUCUGCAACUAAAUAUAAAGGCCAAACAAACCUCGGAUUUUAAACGUUAACUCACAAAAUCCCAUUGAAAUUUGUCUGGAAAGAUGAAAACUUUUCGAAUGCUGACUAGGGAACAGGAUAUGGAAGUGUAAAAUGCUUGAAACAAAAAUAAAAUAAGGAUAUUUUGGCAACCUGAACUGAUGAACUCCUGAGCACGAGUCUCGUUCACAAACACCUUCAAAGAGAGUUAUUUAUGCAAAUUCAGAACCGUACCGUCAGUACACGAGUACAGGUAACAGUAGGAACUCCGCAACAGGGAAAACUGUUUUGUAACUUUAGCUCUAAACUCAAGCUGAUGAAGUAAAUCAUUCGGAAUAUUUAUGCACGUUCAUUCGGUUUUGGUCUGUUGACAGCACGAGUCAGUUGUAACCGUCCCCGCGUACCUGGUUUUACUACUUUCAGUUUUCAAUUCGGCGGCACUUACUUCGUUGACAUCCACGUCGUGUUUUCGCUUUAAACAAUUUGCGAGGCUUAUAGUUGACCCUCCCUUAAGGCCAAUUUAUGCUGACAACCCAGUCCUCGCAGAUAGCGUCGCAGACAGUGUCUGCGUAGCCCCCCCACCUUCGCAGACGCUCUGCGCGCACCUCCCAAAAAUUGUGACCACCGCAGAAGCCUCGCAGACAAGAAGGCUCUGAUUGGUCCACUCUACACGCACUUCCGCUUCCCUACUUUCCCGGUUUGGUUUGUUUUCACGACCGCCAUUUUUAAAAACACGAGCGAAGACGGAGCAGCACGAAGAGCGGUUGAUCGAGGAAGUGAGGAAGUACGGACAUCUAUACGACUCCAGUUCUACUCAUUAUAAGUAACCGGAGGAUAAACACUCCACUAACCACACCCACCAACUACUCCUAGCGACUUCACGCCCCCUUGCGUUGUGGCGGUGAAUAACAUCGCGCACGCCUAUUACUCCCCGCUCAACGAUAAAUUACAACUGUCUGCGAAAAGCUGUCUGCGAAAGCCUUGUCGCAAGAACAUGCAGAGGCCUUUAUACUUCACAUCAAUAUAACAUGCGCGGCACGUUCCAAUGUCCUCCGUGUCUUCUCGAAACCCAAAAUGUAGCCAGACUUUCGAUUUAAGAUGAGACAAACAAACAAUCUUUAAGCUUAGCUUCCGCCAUUUUGGUGCCCAGUAAAAAGUAUCGGCUACUCUGAUUGGUUUAGGCCCUCGCUCUUGUCCAAUCAAAUUAUUUAGAAGCAAAGCUGUGCUCUAGUCCAGCCGAUCGCUUUCUCGCAUCGGUUUAACAAUGUAAUGGUUACAUGGUAAAAGUGCGUUUAUAAAAUCAGUAGAAAUUUACAAAAAAAAAAAGAACCAAAAAUACAGCUACAUGGAUCGAUAAUCAGUACGGCAGGUAUGAACUCGAUUUUCGGUGAAUCGUUGCCGCUCUAUCCAGCACAGAACAAUGAUGGAGUUUAAAGACGGGCAAACGGCAGGAAACUCAACAGCAAAUACAGUCAAGAUAAUAUCAUGGUGGAUGAAAAAUAUAUAUAUUUACCGUAAUUGUCGUCUCAGGUGUUUGAUUUUCAACAUUACAAUAAGUAGUAGUUAUUUCUACCCUUUUUUUUUUUUUUGGAGUAAAAGCAGCACCAUAGCACUUCAUCAGUAUGCUUAAUCCAUAUAGAUGCGAUUUUAGAUUUCCAGAUGUUUAAUUUCUGUCAAAAAAAAAAUGUAUUACAUCAUCCGAUAUGCAUCUUGUUUGAAUGAAUCAGUUCAGUAAUGUGUACAGUGAUACGGCUUUGACGUUGCUUGAAGUUAGAGAAAUUAAGUACUUAGAGAAAACAUAUCUUUUUCUAUUUUGAUGCUCAAGAUUUGCUAACCGCUUUACUGAAUCUAAUAAUUAUAAUAUAAUUAUAGCAAAAAGGGAAAAUACGUGCCUUUUUUUUAAAGCUUUAUCCCAUUUUAGCCGUUCUUUUCCAUUCUGGAAUAGUGCGUACUGAGCAUCCUGCAGCCAUCAUGUAGGAUAUUACCGUAUAUUUGAUUGUAUUUUUAUACCCACUUGCACUGGCAAUUUAUUUUCCUUUUAACUGACAUGGCCACGUUUUAGUUCCUGGCAGCUCCAUGAUGCCGUAGUGUGAACUAAAGGAAUCAUUACGGCUAUCGAAAUUUAGGAGUCAAAUCCACAAUCCACAGCUUCCUGUCACCUAAAGUAGAAUUCAAAGCACUUCCACUUCUACGAAACGCUUUUAAGGAAAAAAAAUGGCGACGUGAAAGAUUGCAGGUUUACAUGUGAGCGAUGGAGUUUGCAUUUUUAUAAGUAUUUGUCUCAGAUCUCCAUGUUGAAUUUUUUUUUUUUUUAAUGGUUGCAGGAAUGAAAUCAAUCAAUGCAGUGUGAAUAGUGCUUUCAAGAUUUUUUUUUCCUCUUUGUUACCAAGAAUUGAUGGAAGGAAAAGGUUAAAAAUCAUAUAAACAUGACAGAAUCUCACUCAUGAAUAAUAACCAGUCCAUUAAACAUCCUACAAAUACAGACAGAUCACACAAUUGUUCUACAGCUUGCUUGGGCUCUCUCACACACACACACACACACACACACAGCACCUAUCUCAGUUUAAUUCCACUGUUCAUUACACUUGUGUAUGUUAUCUUCAUGGCAGUGUUUAAGCAGUCAGUCUAACUAACCCUUGUGUGAAUAACCUUUCUCGGUCUACUUCUCAGAUAAAAAGCAUAAUGACAGCCUCAUACUCACUUCUCGGGGAAUUUCUACAGACCUGUACUACUUGUAUUCUACUCUUUCUGUGCCAAAAUGUCUAUUACUUUCUGAUUUUUAGACACACAAAACUGUGCUCGUCUUAACAGUUGUCAAGAGUUCUGCUGAGCAGGAAAUGGAGUGAAGAGAAAAGAAAAAAAAAACCAACAUGGAAUAUUUUCAUUUUCCUCUGUUAAAGCUUAUCACAUGUUUAAUACAUGAAUAAAAAGACCAGAUUAUAUCCAG